GCACUUACGGAUACCUGUAACGCUGUAGCUCGACGCCUAUCGCUGCUGUUCGCCGUCGACAUCACGUAACGUUUCUAGCUAAACACCUCAACCUCAAUUCUCUACAGCCACGCGCACCCUCCGAAAUCGACAGCAACAUCGAAAUCGCAACAAUGUCUCUGGCCUCAAGAAUCCUCUCUUCCAGCAGCCGCGCGCUCGCUAGCCGAACCUUUAGCACCUCUGCCCGACGAAUGGCCGAUGCCUCGCCUCUUCCUGCUCGGAAACCCUUGGGAGCCUUCCGUGGAGGACUCUUCGGUUUCCUCCUCGGUAGCUUCCUCUCCGGCAGCGCCGCCUACAGCUACCUUCUCAAGGAAUACAAGACUGCCAACGACCUGUUGACUGAGGAUAUCUACACUCUUCAGGCUUCCAUCACCCGCCUUAGCAACCACGUCCAGGCUCUCGAGACCAGGAUGCAGGGCAAGAAAUAAAUGGACAGGAAAGCACGAGCGAUGAAAACUGUAUAAAAGAGUUUGGGUUGGGAGACAGUGUAAACUCUCGCUCGCUAGGUGGAAGCGGUGGUAUCAUGACGCCUCUCAUCAUGUCCUAUCCCAGGGCUACGAGGAAACAUUAUCACGGAAAGCUGAGGAAGAUCUGUACGAUUCUGUACCACGACAUUAGCACAUCUGCAAAAGUUAGUUAUCAAGCAUGUUGCAGUUUGCACGAGCAAACGCGUAGCAAAUCACUGUUCAUUCAUUGUAUGAAAAAGACGUCAAAUGUAGUCAAGUC